AUGUCGUCGACCCUGGAAGUUGUACUAACGAGCCAAGUGCAGCGCUUUCUGGAGGUUUAUAUGUAUGAGAAUGCAACGUUUCUAGCAGAGCGAUUAAUUGCACAUCACACGACAGAGAAAAAUAUACUGCUGCUGGCCACGUGUUACUAUCGAAAUGGACAAAUAGCUCGAGCUGCAGCGGUCUUAAAUGGUGCAACGAGGCCGGAGAAUCGCUACUUGCUGGCUUGCUGCUGUCUCCAGCAGGGCCAGUUGAUCGAGGCUGAGAACGCGCUGCGAGGGGAAGAAAACUAUGGUACUGAUGGCCUAGAUUCAAUCGAAAAUGUACCAUGUGGAGCUGCUGGAUUGUAUCUAUUGGGGAAGGUCUGUAGACGUGGAAACAGAGCGAAGCAGGCGAUAGCGUGUUUCGUCAAGAGCUUAGAGAUGGAUCCAUUCUUGUGGUCGGCAUACGAGCAGCUUUGUGACCUUGGAGCAAACCUUGAGGCUUCGAGAUUUUUUGGUGCCGCCAAUUCCUUCAACAGCAUCGGAACGGCAGAUGAACGCGAGAACGAAUCGGAGCAUCGACCCGAACUCCACCAUGGAGAUGGUGGUAAAGGACAAGCAUUUGGUGAUGAAGAGGAGUUUUGUCGCGAGGGGAACAUCGCUGAAGGUUGGUCUACGGAUGCAUGUCUCACAAAACCAGAAUCGCCUCGGCAUUUUCGCCUCGAUACGCCUAAGUGUGCAGCGGCUGUGACAUUUCGCUCAUCUACAUCGUUGGAUUACAAAACGCCAAGUGCGAACAAUAAAUGUGACGAAAAUGUGCACACAGCGACGAUCACAAAGAAACAACGAAUAGGAGAAGACAUUAGAGCUCCGGCACGACAGAGGAAAAGUUAUCGGCGACCACUUGCAGAUAGCGACGAAAAGUUUCGGGCUAACGCGAGACUGUCGUUCUCUGCUGCCGGAUUCGAUGACACCCCACUGAACUCCUCGAAACUGUCAUUAGGCUCUGCAAUGUCUACCCGGUGUUUUCACCAGGACAAGACACCGGUAGCCAAAAACCAAGCCCCUUCGCAUCAAGUGGAUGGCCGACUUAAGCUACUGCGUCUACUCAGCUCGUUUGGCUCUAUUUAUCAGAAAAUAAGUAUGUAUAUGUGUCGAGAAGCUUUGGAAAUGCUGGAGCGGCUUCCUACCUCCCAGUAUGCGUCUGGCUGGGCGCAGCAGCAAAUUGGACGAGCUCAUUUCGAAAUGGCCGACUAUGUGCAAGCACAAGAUGUAUUUUGUGCUUUGCACAGAGCGGAACCGCAUCGAAUGGAAGGCCUUGACAUAUACUCGACAACGUUAUGGCAUCUUAAAAAAGAUGUGGAGCUUUCGUACCUGGCACAGCAAGCAACAGAUUUCGAUAAACUAUCGUGCGAGGCAUGGUGUGCUGCCGGUAAUUGUUUCAGCCUGCAAAAAGAACACGACACAGCUUUGACUUUCUUCCAGCGGGCAAUUCAGCUGGACCCGUCAUACACGUAUGCGUACACGCUCUCAGGUCACGAAUACGUAGCAAAUGAGGAUUUUGAGAAGGCGGUGAACUGCUACCGACACGCGAUUCGUACCGAUUCACGACACUAUAACGCCUGGUAUGGUCUGGGCACGAUCUACUAUCGGCAAGAGAAGUUCGAGUUUGCUGAGUACCAUUUCAGGCGUGCUUUGGAGAUUAAUCCUCGUAGCUCGUUGCUGCAUUGUUUUCUAGGCAUGGUGCUGCAUGCUACGCACCGAUAUGAAGAAGCGUUGGCUACACUUGCCAUUGCCACCGAGCUUCAGCCAUUAAAUCCUCAAGCUCGGUUUCAACGUGCUAACGUGCUGAUGACCUUGCAGCGAUACGAGGAAGCUCUGGACGAGCUCCACGUUGUGAAAAACUUUGCGCCGCGUGAGUCUUCCGUGCACUUCAUGAUGGGCAAAGUAGCGAAAAGGCUUGGUCAUAUCGAACACGCGAUGAAAUACUUCACGUUGGCGCUGCACUUUCAUCCGAAAGAUAACCACCAAAUCAAGGUAGCCAUUGACAAAAUCAACGAGCCGGAUCAUGACGACGAUGAACGCAUGUAG